ACCACUUUCAUUUCUCCAUAAUCAAGUAUGAUAAUGGAGAAAUUCAAUCCCAAAAAGAAAAAGCUUGUGAGUAAACGAGCUCUAAAGCUUUUGAUAGAAAUCUUACCAACACCUUUGUUCUCUAUGCUCUUUCUGAUUCACAUCAAUCAAAUCGCAAACUAUCUCUUUCUUUCCGACAAAGAAACCCUAAAUAUCACUGUGAGGGCUAUGCAAGGAGGGAUAGAUACUUGCGCCGGAAGGUAUGUGUAUAUGCACGAUCUUCCAAGCAGAUUCAACAACGAUCUGAUCAAGAGCUGUGAAGCAUACAUCGAAUUACGAAAUAAGUGUAAGUACCUUGUUAACUCUGGCUUCGGUCCACGGAUUUUGGAGGACAAACAUAACCAUACCACUCAAGUCUUAACAAUCAAAACCGGUUCUUGGUACUAUACGAACCAAUUCAUGCUCGAGGUUAUCUUCCGAGAGAAAAUGAGACACUAUGAGUGUUUGACCAACGAUUCUUCCCUUUCUUCUGCGGUUUUUGUCCCGUUCUAUGCUGGAUUCGAUGUGAGACGCUUUUGGGGAUACAACGUGAAGCUCAGAGACGAACUUGGUGAAGAUCUAGCUCAAUGGCUUAGGGAGAGACCAGAGUGGAAGAAAAUGUACGGACGAGAUCACUUCUUUGUCACGGGACGGGUUGGUCGGGAUUUUAGAAGGGUUACUGAUCAAGAUUCAGAUUGGGGAAACAAACUGAUGCGGUUGCCUGAAUUCAAGAACAUAACGAUGUUAUCGAUUGAGACGAAUUCUUGGAGCAACGAGUUUGCGGUUCCUUAUCCAACUUACUUCCAUCCAAAGAGUCGCACCGAGGUUAAGAGAUGGCAGAUGCAAGUGAGGAUGAUGCAGAGACGAUACUUGUUCUCGUUUGUCGGAGCUAAUCGGCCCGAAAUGAAGGAAUCUAUAAGAGGGGAGAUUAUAAGACAGUGCCUUGCAUCACAAGGAAGUUGCAAAUUUCUUGAUUGUGAUACAUCGACUAAAGACUGUAGUGAUCCGGUUAAGGUAAUGGAGGUGUUCCAAGAUUCGGUUUUCUGUUUACAACCACCAGGAGAUACACCUACUCGGAGAUCGACAUUUGAUUCGAUUUUAGCCGGUUGUAUACCGGUUUUAUUUAGCCCGGAUUCUGUUUACAACCAGUACAAGUGGUAUUUUCCAAAAGAUCAUACCAAGUAUUCGGUUUACAUUUCGGAGGAAGAUGUGAAAAAUGGGAAGGUUAGUAUUGAGAAGUUAUUGGCUAGUAUUAUUAGUGAAGAGAGGAUUUUGAAGAUGAGGAAUGGGGUUGAGAAGAUUAUACCAAAGAUAAUCUAUACAAAACCGGGGGAGGUUGGACCGGAAAAGAUUGAAGAUGCGUUUGAAAUUGCAGUGGCUAGGGUUCUUGAGAGAGUGUCAUUGUUCAAGAUGACACGGAUCUAGCAGCUACAUAA